AUGCGUCUCACCCUCGCCCUGGCCCUCCUGACCGCCACUCUCGGCCUCGCCAGCCCGGCGUCGGAGCAGGAACCCCCCCAAGUCCCCGCCUUCGCCCCCGUCCCCGUCGCGGCGGAGGCGCGCGACGACGUGUCCGAGUCCGAGUCCGGAUCCGGACCGACCAAGCGGGCGUGCUCGCACAACGGGUGCCGGUGCCUCAAGGGGGCACCGCAGGGCCAGUACUGCGGCAACUGCGUCAAGGUCGCGACGGGCGAAUGGGUCAUCACCAGGAAGCGGAACCUGCACCACGUGUACGAGUGCUCGCCCGGCGGCGACUGCUGCGACUACGGCGCGGCCGGCGACUACGGCACCAGCCACGCCCGCUGCGGGGCCUAA